AUGCAACGCAUCAAUCCACGUUAUCAACUCGACUAUCGUACAAUGCUUCAACUAGCUGAUACUACUGCUCGACAGUAUCGUAUUGUCAUUGGUUCAGAAACAUUACCUACUCUGUUAUUGCGCGUUGCUGAUAGUAAUCCUUCAUUUGGAAAUGAUCAAAAGCCUAGAGCAAGAUUUAAUGAUUUGCCAAAUAAAAAGAAUUCCAUAUAUACGAGCAAAAUUAUUGUUAA